UAAGUAACAUAGAGUUGUCGGAACAGGCGAUUGUCGGUCGCGGGUGGUGCGUCUGAUGUACGCUCGUAUCGACUAGUGUGUGAAGAGGUGGCGCCUAACCCUGCGGCAGCUUGAUGGCAAAUGAAAGUGACAUGAAGAGAAAAGUAUGAUGAGAUAAUAUUGGAACUUGGUGACGAACUCGACACCAACAACAACAACGACAACGACGUCACUUAUAGUGUUGUUAGUGUUAUUAUACACCUCAGUGAGUAGACAGCCAGAGGUGGUUUCUUUGCAGAAAACGAGCUUCAGGCACGAAUCGGCGAAGAGAAAUUUUCAAAGUGUUGAACCUUACGCGGAAAUAUGAGUGCAGGUGAAGGCGGCAGUGGGGUUGCGGUGCGCAAAAUGAGGUUAACCUGUUGGCUGAUGCUGUUGAUGGUGGUUUGGAUCGUCACGCUGCAGCAGUUGGUUGCAAGCGUCGAUGGGAUUUAUGUGGUGGAGAAAGGUGGACGGAAAUCCUUCGUCAAGCUUAGCCCAGCACAGUGGACCGAGCCGGAGCCAGAUGGCAUGUGGUCGUCUCUGCUGGAGGAGUAUACUCUCGGACUGAACUCCUCCGUCCGGCAGUCCCGAGCAAUGCAGGCGUCGGCCGUCGGCAUCAGCCAAGCCCACCAGUACAUCCCGACGUCCAGUUUCUACAUCAACAAACGCAUGGGAGAGGCCGUCGAAAUGGGAACCCCCACGGCAAAGGUUAUAGGGCCAUCGGGAUAUGCCGAGAACCAGCUGACACCUCCCUCCGCGCAAAGUUCAUUCACACCGAUGCGACAAUCUUUCGGCGGUGCAAGCCCCACCGAACUGCUGUCUUCGCCUCGUGAGGUGUCCGAAACGGACCUGUAUCUGCUGGGUGCGAUAGAGAAGCUGGUCUACCGAGUGGACUACAUGGAAAAUCGAUUAAGGCGGGCGGAGCAAAUCAUUUACUACCUGAUGGCGGGGAACAAUCAGAAAAUUGACUCUUGUCCGGAUAACUUUACCCGUGUGCAUGACAUCUGCUACCACUUUGGCGUCGAUCGAGGUUUGAACUGGAAGUCAGCCAGUACGUUGUGCAAAUCCUACGGGGGACAUCUAGCGGAAUUUGAAACUAGCAUCGAGUUUCAGGAUGUAGUAGCGUACAUUUUGAACCAUCAAUUGAAUCGGGGUAAGGAAUUCUGGUUGGGGGGACUUAAUCCAGGACUGUUGUGGAUUUGGACUCAAUCCGCCAAACCGGUGAACCCCAACACGAACCUAACGUCCAUGUCAUCGGGUGCUAAGGCCGGGACGUCAACAACUACGGUUCAACCGGAUACGAAGAGGGAGGGUAAUAAGAUUGUGAACAACAAACCGCAGAAGCAAAGCGAACCAACCCUGGAGAUUACUGGUACUGGCCGUUGUCUUAAGUUGUCCUACAACGGUGCGUUGUAUACAUACGGAUACUCCGGACAGGAUUGUUCAAACCGGUACAACUACAUUUGCGAGCUUAAGAACAAGGCUCUGGAUAACGAAAUAAGACGCAUAUCGAAGGAGUUGCAGUUUGAUUAGAAGCUGUAUCUUCCAGAACUUAGAUGUGUAAGAAUA